GAUGGAUAUUGUACAAAGUGAACUCAUUUAUACCAUGAUUUGGAUGGCGGAACAACAGGCUGUCCUGCCUCGUGACCUUCUUGUUUGGUUGGUGUGUCCCGUUCAUGACACAGCUCUGAUGCAUGCAGUUCUUUGGAGUGUUCAUCUGAGGUCUCUACCGAAGCUCUGAUCCCGCUGGCUUACUCGUACUGCACGCAGCUGCAGAAACCGAGAACAUGUCUUAUAUCUGAUGGUCCAAAGCUUCGCGUCUCUUCGAGGCCGAAGAAGCCACAGCCGUUCUCUCCACCUCACAGCCUACCUUUUCCUUCGUAAAGAUGAGUUCCUUCACUAUCCACCUCACGACUCUCUCCCUCAUCGUCUUCGUUGCCAUUCUUUACACGGAGAAGCGGUCUCUAGAGAAACCCCAGCAGCUGAAGCUAAUCAUACAGCAAGAGUACGUGCCGGUUCAGAGCAAGGAAUCUAAGUGGAAGGACGUGGGCAUGCCAUUCACCACUGAGAUAGCGAACGAUAUCAGCUUGCAGAUGGCCAAUGGGAGCACCACGAAGGGUGCAGGUGCGCCCCUCGCCGCAGGAGGGACGGAGAAGGAGAAGGAAGAGGAGGAGGAAGAGGAACUGGACGUGGAUGUGGAUGGCGAGGACGAUGAGUAUGUGCCGUUCGCCGUCGGGAGGACCGAAGAAGGGUGUGAUGUGUUCAGCGGCAAGUGGGUGUACGACAAGGCGUCGAUGCCUCAUUACGCCGAGAAGGAGUGCCGCUACAUCAACCCUCAGUUCAAGUGCGAAGCUUUUGGGAGGCCCGACAGGGCUUACCAGUUUUGGAGAUGGCAACCUCAUGGAUGCUCUCUGCAGAGAUUCAACGCCACGUUCAUGCUGGAACGGCUGAGAGGCAAGCGCAUCUUGUUCGUCGGAGACUCCUUGAGCGGCGGCCAGUUCUUCUCCAUGGUGUGUCUCCUGGACCGACACAUCGCCCGCUUCCGCAAGGGCCAUAAACGCUCUCCAUCCCUUACCAUCUUCGCAGCUCCGGAGUACAACGUCACGGUCGAGUUCUACUGGGCACCAUUUCUCGUCGAAUCGAACUGCGACAACUCGACGAAUCACCGGGUGAAGGAACGAGUCAUACAUCUGUAUCCAGGAUCGAUCGAGAAGCAUGCUGAGGACUGGAAGGGAGCAGAUGUUUUGGUCUUCAACACGUAUACGUGGUGGCUGACAGGAACGAACAUGAAGACUCUGCGCGGGGCUUCUCGAGAUGGAGCAAAGUUCAUCAAGGAGAUGGAGCUUGAGAAGGCGUACCGGCUGGUGUUGAAGAGGAUGGUGAGGUGGCUGGAGAGGAACUUGGAUCCCCUCAAGACCAGAGUCUUCUUCACAAGCAUGUCACCUACUCAUUUCAGAAGCAUUGACUGGGGAGGGGAUCGCCAGGGGAACUGCUACGGGCAAAGGAUGCCGAUAUUUGACCCAACCUACUGGGGCUCUGCUUCGAAGAAGAGCGUGAUGCAGGUGGUCUCCGAGGUCCUGGGCAAGACGAAGCUUCCCAUCACCGUCCUCAACAUCACACAGCUCUCGGAGUAUCGCAGGGACGCGCACACCAGCAUCUACAAGCAGCAAAGGUACCCGCUGACGAACCAGCAGAGAAGAAACCCGAGGAGCUACGCCGAUUGCGUGCAUUGGUGCUUGCCUGGCCUCCAGGACACCUGGAAUGAGCUCUUCUACAACAAGCUCUUCUUCCCUUAGGACAGAGAGGCUCAUCCAUUCAGUUCAUCGUCUUCAGUAAACUCCAGUCUUGAUCUCAGACUGUAGUGAAGCAGCAGCAGUUAAGCAGAUCAGACUAACACUUUGUUUAGGUCAAAGAAGGAUUACAAUUGCCUGCUCCUCAUGCAUCUUGAGGGACAAAGAACACGCAUCAACAAACUUUCUUUGAUGGGACCUCAGAACAUGUUCUGCUGAGAUGCAAAACCACAUCCGGCCAAAGGCAUUCCUUUUCUCAUCUGAUUCCACUCGCUUUGUGCUUCUUCCUCAUAAUUUAUCCACCUUGCAAAAGAUAAUAAAAAGGCGAAAUAAAAUUACUCCUUUCUUUUGUUCCCCAAAUAUACCUCAAUCUGCAUUCGGCGAAUUUUGAUGGGACCCACAAAAACAGGUUUGCUCGCUGGAAAAGUACGGCGUGUGUGUAUCAUUGGGGUGGGAAAAUUAUAUUUCGUUAUGUCCAUGAGCACCAAGCAUUUAUUUAUUCCCCCCCACACUCCACUAGUGUGCUGCUUCUUCCACAUGGCCGCCGACGACGAGGACGAGAGCGCCGAACCGAGGUCGAUCGUGCCGGUGAUGGCCCCCGGGCCGCCGCCUGGCAUCGAGAAAUCCACCCCGAGCCCCCUCCCCGCCGCUGUUGCCGCCGAUGAGGGCAGCGCGGUGGUGCGAUCGGUGGUGCGGAGGUGGAGGAGGGAGCACCUGCUGGAGAAGAGCGGGCUGAUUCUCCGCGCGCUGGCGUGGAUCUUCUCGCUGAUCGCCGUCGCCGUCCUGGCCUCCAACCGGCGCGGGGGAUGGAUGAGCUUCGACCACUACCAGGAGUACCGGUACUUGUUAGCGGUCGCAGUAGUCGCGCUCGUGUACUCGACGGCGCAGGUGCUGAGGCAGGCGCACCGGUUAGGCACCGGCAAGGAUUUGGCGCCGAAGCAGUACUCCGGGAUUGUGGACUUCGCCGGAGAUCAGGUGAUUGCGUACCUGCUGAUCUCUGCAUCAUCUGCAGCAAUCCCAAUCACAGACCGCAUGCGACAGGAAGUAGUGAAUACCUUCACAGAUGCAUCAGUAGCUGCAAUCAGCAUGGCUUUGUUGACAUUUGCAGCACUUUGCUUAUCUGCUCUAAUAUCUGGCUUCUUAGUCUCUAAACGAAGUUAUUUUUAGAAUUACCAAGUUAGUGUGUUUUCUUCCCCUUCCUUUUUCUCUUCUUUUUCUGUUGGUCUGUACUAUAAGUUUCUCACUGGAUGCUGGUGUGAUCUGCCUUAUUUUGUUAAGACUGUAAAUUGGAGAUGUUAUUUGGCCCUUUCCUUUAUCCUUUCAGAGGUAAUGAUAAAAAUUGCUGCACUGACGUUGUUCUUUUGAAAGAA